AUGUCUGCGAUUAGAAAAAUCAUUCAAAGGCAGUUGUUUCAAAAAGACGAUGAACGAAUUCAAGCAAUUGUGAACUUGGUGAAACUUGAUGGAAAGAAAAAGAAGCAUCAGACUUUUCUUUGUUUAGCAGUGACCAUUGAGCAUCCAAUAUCCGUCCGAUUGUAUUUUGUCAAAGGCGAAAAGGAUGAUACAUUUAAGAAAAAAGAAAGGUUCAAUCUAAGGGAAGUUCGCGAAAUCGAUGGAAUUAGUCCCAAAAAACCAUCUCCUGAAUUUCAUGUGACCAUUGGAGAUCACCAAUAUAUUAUGAUCGCAGGAUCUAUCGAGGAGAAAGAAGAAUUCAUUAGAGAGCUGUUUAAGUUGGCUUUCCAGUACAUUCCACUUCAAAUGCCCUACUUCUGCAAUGUGUCACUUCCAGUGGUUGAAAAUGAGUCGUCCAUUAUUCCGGUUGAGCUUCCGGAAAAUGACAAAGGCAUUCAAAGCGACUAUCAACCGAUCACUGCAAAAGAAGAUGCGGAUUUUCGAAAGCUUCUUCAAAAAGCAAAUUUGACUCUUGCUGAUGCUCACAUAUUUUCAGAUAUGCUUACUGAACAAUUACAAUCACUUGAUGGAGCCAAUAUUGUUUCCAUGAUGGCUAGUGAGAAUUCUGUGAAUCAAUUGCUGUGGGGAAUUAAUCAGGCUUUGGAAGAGGUGACAAAAGUUGAGAAAGAGCUAGACAACUGUGAUAACAUUCUCUCGUUUGUUCGAAAUAGCAUUGAACUCAUUGAAGAAAAAGAUAGCUUGUCAGUCGUGGAGCGCAAAAAUAAGCAGAAACUGAACGCUGAACUUGUUUCUUUUGUUAGCUCUCUUGAAGCAGUGACAGAUGCUCAUCUGGAAACACUUAAACAAGGAAACUUGAGCAAUCCUGAAAGUGUUCAAAAGUGCACCGAAGCUGCAAGAGCGGUCUCACAAUUUUGGCAUGGGCGAAUUUCGAGGCCAAUGCUUCAAAUGAAAGCCUAUCAAGAUAGAAAUAGUGAAAUGAUUGCGAUUGACAUUUUUGUCGACCGUUUGAUGUCUCAUUUGACAGCAUUAUUUUCGAAUUUGAAUGACUUAUCUAUGGAUCAAGGAUGGCACGAUUUGUGCAUUCCCAAACAAUCGCAGAGAUUCCGUGCUCUAUCUCCAUUAUCGGAUUUGAUAAAUUGGCUCAAAAUGAAUCGACCGAAAGCUUAUAACAUGGCGUUGCAGCGUUAUACGGAUACAACCAAUUUGUUGUACAAACGAUUAUUUGAGAAUUUCUUUGAUAGUUUGAUCAACAAGGUGCACAAAGCAGGUGUCGAAGAGAAGAAAAUGAGUAAGAAAUGUACGGUGCUGAACCCAGGAAGAUACAACGACAAUCAAAGCUUCUUAAGUGCAAACAGUGAUGUAGAUUCUGAGUCUCUUCCGCAGUUAAUUGAGACGCUUCUAGCCGAACUGAGCGCAGUCAUCGAUACCGAACAGAAAUUUGUCGUUCGUUUCUUCCAUAUUAACUCUGAGCUUCUAACGCAAAUGGAGACAACUUCAACAGGAAGUGGAGACAGUUCCAGCUUAGGCGGACGAAAUAUUGAAAAGCAGAUGAAUGACCAAGUUCGCUUCGUGAUGGCUGCCAUAUUUGAAUCGCUGAAUGUGCACCUUGACAAUUUCUGUCGAUCUAUUUGUAAACAUAAUCCAAGCAAUGUUCUUCUAUUGUUUGUUGUGAUGUCUAAGAAGGUUUUAUCGCCUCAAGACGCUAGCUCAUACUUUGCCGUCACAUUUGGCGGCCUCUUCGUUUUGAUCAAACGACAAUUCGAUAAUUAUAUCAGUAUGGAAGCUCAACACUACUCGGAUGUUAAAAUCACGAAGCGUACUAGAAUUGGAAUUCUUCCUACUAUUGCUCGUUUUGCGGCGUUCGUUAGAAAGGCUGAACGAAUUUUUGAAGGAGCUGAUAGAAGAACCGACUUGGAGAAAGGUUAUUUCAACCUUUGCCGAGCUGUUACGGAUGGUAUACAGAAAGCUGCGGCCCAUCCAAACAGCAAAUCUCCCCCUUCAGUUGUGAAGUUUGAGAAUUACCAUGAACUUUAUUUAACCCUGUCGGAAUUGAAAAUCAGUUGUCUUGAUCAGCAGCGAAAAGAUGCUAAAACGAUGAAGGAAGAACAUAUUGACGCUUUUGUCAAGGAGUAUAUAGGCCGACCAUUGGAGAAAAUUCAGGCAUUCUUUGACAAUGUUAACAAUGCAAUUGACUUGAGAGGCGUGAAACCUCAUGAAAUUUCCUAUCAGCCUCAAUUCAGCAGAAUUGAAUUAAAAAAGGUGCUUUCCCAAUAUACCGGUAAAGAAGUGAAGAAAGGCCUCGACCAGCUAUACAAGAAAAUCGAGAAGCAAUUGGUGGACAACUCAUCGCUUCUUCAAGUGGUCUGGCGAGAUAUGCAGGAACAAUUCUUGAAGCAGAUUCAAGAAUACAACCAAACGAUUGAGACGUGCUAUCCAGGGUCGAAGAUCGAGCUUGAAGUAACCACCAAUGAUGUCCUUCAGUUUUUCUCGGAAAUUGCUCAACAGCACUAG